UUUUACCCAUGGAAACAUCGUAUUUACUUUUCAACAUAGUGAAAAUCUACGUACAAUCAAUUUUAAUCAAUAUGAUUCUAAAGCUAAAUUACGUAGACAAAGUUUACUUGGUCGUUAUCGUUUAGAUUCAACAACAGGUGCACCAUUAAAUCCAAUGGGUAGAACAGGUUUAUUAGGUAAAGGAUUAUUACCACGUUGGGGUCCAAAUCAUUCCUUUGUAUUAUGUAUUACAAGAUGGACAAGAGAUACACGUACUGGUGUACAAGUAAUAAGAAGUAAUCGUGGUGUAUUACAAUAUUUGGCAUUAGAACGUAAUAAGAGAUUAUGUAUGCCAUGGGUAAGUUAA